CCUCCAUAGAUCUCAUCUUCUCUCUCUGAAACCCGCACACACUCGAUACUCUCGACGACAACAUCGCAAUCUCCCUUCGAAAUUUCCUUUUCUACGUCAUUUGAUAAGGAAAACGGAGAAUUGUCCUUAUCUGUGGUGCUUUCGCUCUUCAAUUUUGUCUAGUUUGUGAUCCUAGAUGCUCGAUUCACUGUCUUAUAUGUGUUCUCUCUGAAACCCUAGAAAUACGUUGUUAAUUUUGGGUUUUAGGGUUUUAAGGAACCAGGUUUUUGAUCGGGUUGUGAUAAUGGCGAGUUCGUACUCAUCCUCUGUUACCGCUUCGCAGGUUGGUUCGUACUUUGCUCAGCAGUACUAUCAGGUUCUUCAACAACAGCCGGAAUUUGUUCAUCAGUUUUACACAGAUUCAAGUACUAUGGUUCGGGUUGAUGGUGAAUCGACCGAGACUGCUUCGGCUAUAUUUCAAAUUCAUACACUUAUUCAGUCAUUACAUUUUAGUGGGAUUGAUAUCAAGACCAUAAAUUCUCUUGAAUCAUGGAGUGAAGGGAUUGUUGUGGUGGUUUCUGGGUCUGUCAGAUCGAAGUACUUCAGUGGUUGGAGGAAAUUCGUUCAGACGUUUUUCCUCGCUCCCCAGGAGAAGGGUUACUUUGUCAUGAAUGAUAUCUUCCACUUUGUUAGUGAGGAGGUCAUCAAUCAUCUUCCAGCACCCCUGGUCACUGGACACAAAGAUGAGUUUCAACCAAUUAAUUCUACUUCUCCAGAGUUAUUAGUUGCUGAAGAUCCAUUGGAGACUGAAGCUAGAAAAAAUCUUAAUUCAUUACACAUAGAAGGUGAAGAUCAAGCUGACUACUAUGCUUCCCAAGAACACCAGCAUCAGCAGCAGCAAGAAGAUGAUUAUAGUGAAGAAUAUGAGGAAGAGCAUCAAGUUGAAGAGCCUUCAGCUCAUGUUCAUAGUCAAGUGGACUAUGUUCAAGAGCCUUUGCACCAAAAUUCAGUUGACUAUGUUCAAGAGCCUUUGCAUCAGGACACAGUGGAAUAUGUGCAAGAACCAUACGUUCAAGAACCAUACGUUCAAGAACCAUAUGUUCAAAAACCAUAUGUUCAAGAGCCAAUUGCAGCUGCUCCAGAGCCUGCUCCCGAGCCUGUGAAGUUCACUUAUGCUUCCAUUCUGCAAUUGAAGGGAAAAUCUGUGUCUUCAGUUCCUGCUCAGGCACCAGUUGUUAAAAGUGUUGCACCUGCACCAGAAUGGCAAAAGCCACCUGAGCCAGUUGCUUCAUUUGUGCCUGAAACUACCACUCAUGUUGCCGAGGAAGCUUUAGCUAACGAUGACGGUGAAUCGAAGUCUGUUUAUGUGAGGAACUUGCCCACUUCCGUUACUAGUCUUGAAAUUCUUCAAGAAUUCAAGAACUUUGGGAGAAUCAAGCAGGAUGGUGUGUUCUUGAAGAACCGGAAGGACGUCGGUGUUUGCUUCGCCUUCGUAGAGUUUGAGGAUGUUGCUAGUGUUCAGAAGGCUAUCGAGGCAUCCCCGAUCCAGUUAGCUGGUAAGCAAAUUUACAUUGAAGAAAGGAGAGCAAACAGUAGCGGCAGUUCUCGUGGUGGAACAGGAGGAGGAAGAGGCGGAGGAAGAGGUAGAGGAAGCUACAAUGAUUCAUCAAGAGGACGUUAUGCCGGUGGUGCUAGGGGCAAUGGAUUCCGUAACGUUUAGAGGUCCGUUCACGUAGUUGAUUAUAUUUUUGAUUCGAAAACCAAUGUUUGAGCUGUGAUUUUGUACCCACUUUUGGGAACGUUAUUUCCAUCUUCGAUUCAUAUCGAGAAUUUUUUUCGGCUUU